CCGACCAAAACCGGCUUCCCCGACGGUAGAUGAAAAUUCUCGCGCCUCGCACUUUUCUCUCCCGCUACACAGGUUGGAGCAAGAGGCGCGCGAAAAUCAGCCGUUUUCCAUAUUUUAUUUUCACUUGAGGAGCAGUAGCAGCACACCUUCUUACAAUAUUCAUGAGCGCCAACCAACGUCGUCGCCGUCGUUGCCUUCGUCGAAGGUGGUGCUCCGGUUGGUUGGUUGGCUGGCUGGCUGGUUAGCUCCACAUGCCUACCGCCUAUACGUGUCUCGAGUGAAUGUGUUGGUGGGCCCACUCGGGGUCCCGUAUAAAUAUAAUACCUCCUUGGUCAGAAAUCACUUCGUAACUAGCUCUUGACAACGCAAGUGUCCAGUAGUUGGUAGCAGCCGAGAAUUCUCUUUUUUUCGCUGAAAGUUGGAGAACAUUGGGUGACUUGUCGAAGAUUUUUGGAAAAGUGUUUUCUGCGAUUGGUGGAAGAAGGUAUCUGGAUUGAAGUGAAGAUUUUUUUGAAGAAAGACUUAUUGGUGUGAAUCCGGAUGUGUCCGGAAGAGAUUUUUAGUGGUAACAAGUGCAACUGAACUGAAGGUUGAACAAGUGUAGAACGAUAAACGAUUGAUCAGUGUGGUCGAACCGUGCGCAAUGAAAAUGAAGAUCCUACUGCUGUUGGUGAUAUCGUGUUUCUGGAACUACGGGGCGGUCCGGGGUGCCCCGUACGCGUCCGAUGUGACCAUGGAAGAGAUGGUUCUGCCCGAGUCCAAGGUGCUCGAUUUUGACAAUUUGACCGAAAGUGAGCGGGUCGAUCUGCUCCGGAAUCAGAUCAACAUUACGGCGGUCAAGCUGCAGCAGCAAUUGCUGCGGGCGGCGGCCGCCCAGAAGAACAUGCAACGCGCCGGGGCCCCGAUGGCCAUCAAGCAAAGUGCCAGCGAGCCGAACAUUUCCAGCCACGUGCAGAUUCGGAAAAACAUCGAGAAGCACAUCAUCGGCAACAUCCGGCACAACAUCGAGUCGAACCUGAUGCGCAACGACAGCUACGGCCAUGGUGGAGCCACCCACGAGAUGGCGUUUUCCGCGGUUUGCGAGCUGCCCAAGCACACCAACCAGAGCUUCUGGGAUGAUGAGUACUCCUGGAAUCUUUACUUUCGUCUUCCCCAUAGCAAGCCUUACGCUUCGGUUAACUCGGCGAUGUUGAGGUUGUACAUGACCGGCACUGACAAUUCGACCGAUUCGUGGAACCGUCGCGGCGACUCCGACAACUGCAAGAACCCCGCCGAGCAGAUGAUUCGUGUUACCGUUUCCGUGUACUGGCGCAAAAAGAGCAAGGACAACGUGUCCACCGAGCGUAAGAAGCGUAUCUGCAGCAGUAUCACGAUCACCCGUAACUACCGAGGCUGGAUCGCACUCGAUACGCUGCUGGCGGUCAAACUGUGGGAUAAACCAAACCGUAACUUCGGCAUUGCCGUCGACGUCCAGGAUCAGGAUGACAACCCGUUGCCGGCGGCUCGCUACUUCCAGCCGACCGAUUGCUCCGAGGCAAGUAAAGCAAACGCAACAGCAGCCGUACUUCCAUGGAACUUUUUCCGAAACUCACUCUCAUGGUCCUCUGAUGAAAUGGACGAUGUGCCACACGUCCCCCGCAUAGACGUCAUGAUGCAGAAGACGAGCCCGCCGCAUCCGCACUACUUCUCCGCGCACCACCAGCACCCGCACCAUCGCAUGUUCCGCCCGCACCCCCAGCAUCAGCAGCAGCAGAAGUUCCACUACGGAGGCAGUGUACGCUACCGGCUAGAGAACACCGCCCCCGCGGCAUCGUCCGGCUCCUCCUCGGCGUUCGGCAACUCGUACGAAAUGGACGAAACGGUCGAAAUCAAGCAACAUCAGCCGUCGGUUCACGCGCACCACUCGAUGACCAAGCCGCACAAGAAGCGCCACCUGCAGCAGCAGCAGCAGCAACAGCACCAGCAGCACCUUCAGCACCACCAAGAAGUGGUGAGGACGCUGGACGUCGAGGAUUCGGGCGAAAGCGAGGAGUACUACCUGGCGUCGUCCGGUUCGCUCGAGGAGCGGAAGCUCUGAUUCACGCUGGCGAUGAUGGGGACGCAGUGAAGGGUCAGCAGCCGGAACAGAGGACAGAGGAACGUGAGUUGUGUAAUGCCAUGACGCCGUGUGGGUGGGUAAGUGGCGCGGUUCUCCAAGUAGUAUUAGGUGUUAGGUUUGGUAAGGGAGUUAGAUUUUAGCGUUAUUUUGAGAUCUUUUGUUGAAGUUUAAGUUUUUUUUUUCGUUUUUGAACUGUGACUGAGUUGAAUCAGGUGCGGCACGAUGAGUGAGUGUGUAGAAAGUAAAGCUCAUAAGGUGGAAAAUUUUGCUGAAACGGAGAUUAAUUCGGUUUUGAGAACACAGAUUGCUGUAUUUGAUAUAUUGAUUUUUUUAAUGAAAUUUCAAGUCACCAAAAAUUGAUAAAUAAUGACCAACCAGUAGUUUUUUAAAUUUAAAAAUAUCCCUUACAAUAUUUCAAAAUAUACUUGAAAUUUUGUGGUUCUUUUCCUAUAUUUUAUCAGAAGCAAACUUUUGAAACUUGUAAGAAUCCUGCGUAGAAUGUGUUCCUCAUUUCUUUUUUCUGCAGUUUUAGUUUCGUAGAAUUGCUUUCUAGUCAGAGUACACUAGAUAUACUUCGCUUCAAAAGUUCUGAAAUUUCGAAAUCAGAAACAAAGUUUGUGGUGCAUUCACAAAAUUGAAAAAAUUGCAUUUCCUUUUUUAUUCAUUUUUUAAAUUUCUUGUUUUUUUAUAUUUUUUAAAUUGUUUAAAAAAUGUAUAAAUAUGAUAAAAAUGAAGGUUUUCCAAUACAAGUUUUUCCAAAAUGUUUGAUCUAACAAACAACUCAUUUUCAGCAAAAUUUUACAAUCUCAGCGACAUCAGGAAGAAUGAAAUUGUUUUUGAAAAACCAGUGUAGAACAGUUAUUUUUUAUAGUUUUUUUUCUGGUUAUUCUUCACUUUGUGCGAAAUUAUACUAUAAAAAAAAUCUAUCAAAAUUCUACCAAAUCGAAAAGUAUUGUAACUAUAAUCCUCGGCAACGAAAUAGAACGAUAAACCAGUGAAACGUUAAUCCAUUACGACGCCCGCCAGAGAAGAAACUGUGUGCAUGCGUGUGUGUUUUAGACUAUAGGUCCGUAUAGAGUUCCUGUGAGCUUAUCUAGAAGUUUCAACUGUAUGUGUACUAUGUACUUAAGCGGAGAUCUCAAGCGUCGAUUGUUCCCUCCUAAAAAAGGAAUCAAAUCAGUUUCGAAAACAAACACGCUUAGAUGUUCCCUCUUCGAAUAUUAUUUUUUUGUAGUACUCUAGUAAUAGCUUUGUAAGAGAGUGCGAGUGCGCCGAACGAUUCCGUUCCCGUACUUGUUUGGUUUAGCGUGGGAUACGAUAGCAUUUAUUUAUGAAAUGUUAGACCAUAGGCUUCCGCUACUACUCAGUAAGAUUACACUAUAUGAAUAUGAUGCGCACAGUACGAGCUUUAAACAUGAUUCAUAGUCGGUAGGGUCUCUGAAUAAAGGGCACGCUCUGUGGCUGCCUCGAUUUGUAUAUAUUAGCUGAGGAAAACGAUUAAAAUUAUGCACAUAGUGCAGCACAUGGCACACGCGCAUAGAGAGUAAGAUAGUUGUACUCUUAGAUACCGUAACUUAUUUAUUUCCUGCUGCAUUUGUAAGCCCCUAUAGGGCCGGGUGCGGAUUGUAUACUGGAUUGUAAAUAUUCGAUGUAAUAAGAGAGCGCAGUUCUCCCAAACCUUGUCAAAUCCGACGGAGCAGAAUUCUAGUAUUAGGAUGUGUACACACAAAUGGCUUUUUUUAACCGUAACGACACGAGAAGGAGUUAUACUUGUGAGCAGCUCAGUAGCGACACAUAGCGAGUAGUAAGUGAAAUGUGUAUUACUGUGCGAGGCGUCUGCAGGGGCGAUAUUAUGACGCUUUGUCUAUCUGUGUAAGUUAAAAGCAUGGUAAAAAUAAAAUUUUAAUCGAAAUCUGAAA